CGGGGGCGGCAAACGGAAGAAUGUAAGACAGCAGACCUUCGACACGAUUGCGGAUGUCAUGAAGGAGCACGGGAAUCUGAUGGCGACGACGGUGGACAGUGCGAGCAACAGGCAGUGCUCAAUUUUGACGAGGCAAUGCGACAUUCUCGAGCGAGAGCUAGAAGUGCAGAAGGAGCACUACGUGAAGGCCGACCAGGCGAACUUCAUGAUGUGCAACGCCCUUCUCGAGAUUGCAGCAGGGGUUGUCAUCACAGAGGCGCGCGUGUCGAGGCCACUUCUGGCGGUGGUAGGCCAGGGUCAGCCAUGUCAGCCACUCCCCCUGCAACAGGCGAGGGCUUCAGGGGGAGGGAAAACACUGUCCGCACAAAAGGGCAAGGCGACGGCGAGCAGCAGUUGGACGGCAGCGGCGGAUCACACCACUAGAAGCGGACUCGCCGAAGGUGCGGAAGAGGGGAGGGUCGACGACAUCCGCCGCGACGAUGGGAGAAGAGAUGGAAAGCGGGAGGGCGAUGAUGACGACGACGACCAUCCACUUGUUACGAGGUUGAAGGGAGCCGCAAAGGAGGAUGGUCUCGAAGAGAGGUCGAAGUUAUGGGUUGAUUGCGACGCUUUAUGGGGUCAGGGCCCGGGGAAACCCUUCAGGGAGGCGGUAGGCGACUGCACGGACUACUUCGUUGCCAUCGCUAAUGGAGACGCAGGAUCUGAACCGCCUUUGAUGCUCAUAAUGCCGCAGAAUGAUGUGUCGCACUUAAAGAUCGAGGACCUUGCGCAGCGUGAACCAGCUCUGCGCAGAGCACGCAGCAUGGAGAAACUGGUGCUGCGCACCAUCCACGGCUGGAUCUUCAAAUCGUCGUCGAGGUCGACUGACUUCGCUCGUGCAGAGUCGUACAUCACCGUCGACUUUGCUACAGACGUCGCACGAGCGGUUUGGCAGGGAUUUGAAUGGUCCAAAGUGGUUUCCCCUGCCCUCGUCUACCACACGUUGGCGAUGAAGAUGGACGUGCCUCUGUGGUUCGCGGGGGUGAAGAUUGUGGACCGGCCGGAAGACAACGACAUGGCGGCGCGGCAGGAGGCGACAGUUCUUCGCCUGGUGGACUGCUGGACAAAUGCAGUCUGGUGCGGACAAUGGGCGGACGGCUGGCGCGUGAAACAGGAGAGGUUGUCGUGGCUUGCGGAUUGUCUUCGAGCGUUGUUGAGCGCGUGCAUGUGGAUCAUGCGCAUGGGUGGUGACAACGACCGUUCGCACUACGAGGCGUGGUUCUACGCGUCCAUGGUUGCCAAACCCACAAUGAUAGCGGCGGGGUCCUACAUCUUCAACUAGCGGCGACACAUCUUCAACACCGCUAACCUCGUCUUGGAUCGUCUAGGGAAGGCCCACCUGACGCUGGGAGAUUACCCGCAUUGCAUUCC